AGUGACUUAUGGGGACCGUUCGCCAUGGAUACAGCAGAUCAAGUCAACACCACUCAAGUGGAAGAUUCACUUGGACUUAAAUCUUCCAACUGCUGCUCAACUGACCGCACCCUGAACGAUGAGAACUUUCUGGAGCUGGACGACAGCACCAAGCGGGUCGGAGUCCAAGUUAUUCUAAUCCUUGCCUACAGCACAAUCAUAUUGUUUGGAGUCAUUGGAAACUCCUUAGUGAUAUAUGUCGUCUUCAAGUUUAAGGCUCUUCGGACCGUCACCAAUUUCUUCAUCGUGAACCUGGCUGUGGCCGACCUUCUGGUGAACACGCUGUGUUUGCCUUUCACCCUGGUCUACACUCUGGAUGGCGAGUGGAAGUUUGGUCAGGUGUUGUGCUUCAUGCUGCCCUGCGCUCAAGGCCUGGCAGUGCACGUGUCCACCAUCACCAUGAACGUCAUUGCGCUGGACCGCCACAGGAGCAUCGUCUACCACAUGGAGACCAAGAUGUCCAAAGAGAUGUGCGCCGUGGUCAUCAUCGUCACGUGGGCCGUCAGCGCCCUGUUGGCCAGCCCGCUCGCCAUCUUCAGGGAGUACGGGACGUUUGACCUUUCCCCGGAAGAGUCCAUUCAGGUGUGCACGGAGAAGUGGCCCGGCAGCAGCACCAACGGAAGCAUCUACAGUAUAGCAGCGCUUCUUAUUCAGUACGGUCUACCUCUGGCCAUCAACUGCGUUGCCUACAUCCGCAUCUGGAGUAAGCUGAAGAAUCACAUGACUUACGGAGGUGGAAACGACCGCCAACAGCGCAAGAAGAAGACCACGAAGAUGCUGCUGACCAUGGUGGUGGUCUUCGCCGUCAGCUGGUUGCCUUUCCAUGCGUUCCAGUUGGCCAUUGACAUCGACAGCACCGUGUUGUAUAUGAAGGACUUCAAGCUGCUUUUCACGGUGUUCCACAUUGUGGCGAUGUGCUCGACGUUUGUCAAUCCCAUCCUGUACGGGUGGAUGAACAACAACUACCGGGCGGCUUUUUUGUCCGUUUGCAAGUGUUACCAGCCGUUCACUUCCAGGUCAAAGCGCUCCAGAGGCAGAGUGAUACAAAAAAAAUUUGAUAGGGUUCAUACUGAUUGCAAAUCAACAAAUGUCUCCACACCCAAUCUUAUCCCAUUUUGCUCCCCUCUCCCCUAA